AUGCGCAUUUGUGGCCGAUUGCAAAUUAAACGCCUGGCAAUCACUCUUCAAGAAAUUGCUCCCCGAUCGGCCAAUCAGUUCAAAGUCGGGCCACCAUUCGAGUCGACCACUUUAUUAAAACCCAUUAUACUGAGCCCAUCACUCAAAAAGGUGCAUCCAUUAGUGACAGCAAGAAUAGAUAGAGGUUUUGACCUCAUUGACAACGAAUGGAUAGGCUACAAAAGAAACUACUUCACUCUUGUAGCCGCGUUCGAGUUCAAAAACUAUGACUUGGAUAUAGUCUGCAGACUGCUGUUCUCUACCAUAGAUGAAAGUGGAAAAACUGUGGGGAUUCGCUAUUUUGCAAUCCAGUUGAAGUCCAAAUGUUAUGAAGAGGAGACCGAAAUAGGAUUGGUACAACACACGGCAAAGCGUGAUAGGGGACCCCAGAAUCCUCCUCCAAUUUUUAACGCCAUCCCUGGAAUACUACCCAGCCAUCAAGUCAUCAAGCAAAGCUCAAACAUCCGCAAUGAAGAUAAAAUAUCCUCUUUCCAUCGAGUGUUUUACCUGGAUAUCGAGAAUAUGAAAUGCAGUGCCUCCAGUAUAUUGAAGACCUAUCCAACAGAUUUACCGGUUGCUUCAGUUUCCAGGUACGAAAGAAUCCAGUUCUCUGCAGCAAUCACUAAUAAGAAAUCAGCUAAUGCGAACGGUCGGUUCAUACUAAGGGUUGUAUUACUUGGAGUUUUGGAGAAUGGAAAAACAGAAGAGCUUGCCCACACUGAAUCCCGUCCACUUACUAUCAGAGGAAGAUCUCCAUCAAAUUACCCCAAACCGAUGAACCCCAAUAGAGACAUCAAUGCCCAUGGAACCCAACUCUCCAAAGAAGAUAAAGCACCGGGUGGAUGCGUUACCGCACUUUCAAUCUUUCAGUUCUUGCAACGAUAA